UUGAAAUUAUGGUAAUGUUGCUUUUGUGUUGUUUUUUGGUUGUGUAAAGGUUGUUAUUUUUUAACCAUGCUCUAAUUACUUUUUAAUACCAUAUAUAAACAGAUGUCUUCAGAUGGAAUUGGUGGUGAUUCUUGUAAACAGAUUUCAGUUUCUGAAAAUGUUGAGGUUACGGAUCGUCGUCUUGUUUGUUUUGAGGUAUAUUUUUUUUAUGGUUGUUUUUUAGUUUCUUCAUACUUUUUGUGUUUAACACUGUCUUUUUUCUUUCAUUUUUAUGGAAAAAAUAUAUUAGAUGGGUGCAACAGGUCUCAAUGUUGAUUCUAACAUUGAACUUGAAGAUGACCUGAUUCCCGUUGAAGAAACUCCUCUUGUUGACAAGAGGAAAUCUAAGAAACCCAUAGCGCUGACGUCUCCGUUUAUGGAGUAUGACUCUUCCAUUUCUAGUUCUAAAGAUGGUUCUGGUUAUGGAGUUGUUAAGUAUGUGGCUGGGUUGUGUCCUCUCGAUGAUAAGAUUGGUGAAGAUGUAGAACAUAAAGACGAGAAUGAUUUUGACUUGUGGCUUGGUGAAGGACGGCGAUCGAAGAAAGAUCCGCAUGACAAGGACAAGGUUUACUUGAAGGGUAAGGAUAAGAUUGUUCCCCCUUUUCGUUUUGGCGUGGAAGAUGUUGCAACCAAGAUGUGGUUCCACAAGCUUGCAUAUCCUGGCCAAUGUUUAACUAAUUCUCAUCUGGACAUCAUUUUUUACUAUCUACGUAAAAAAGGAAAGUAUGCAAAGGAGCCAAAGGUUAAGUUCACAACCACCGAUUGCUUAUUCUUCAAAACCAUUCAUGCUUUGUAUGAAAAAUUUAUUGCACAGAAAAAAAAUCUUUCUUUGAUAACUGCCCAGCAUGCCAUUGCUGAUUAUAUCAGAGGUAGAAAAAUGUUAUGUGGUUCCCCUUGGCAUUUGUGCGAUCAUGUUUUGUUUAUCAUCCAUAUGGAGACUGAAUCACAUUGGAUUCUUGGUCGAUUGAAUAUUGAGGAAAGGCGUAUGUACAUGUACAACUCCUUGUCGACUGCUAUGAAAGAUAGUGCUGCUAUCAAAGCUUGUCAGCCAUUUGCGGUGUUGUUGCCCCACUUUUUUGCUUUGUUUGAUGAGUUCAAAAAGGAAAACAAACCGGUUUGUUUAGACCCUUUCGAAGUUGUUAAGGUUGAUGGUUUGCCUCAACAAACCUCGAAGUAAGUUGUUUUUAGUUUUUAUUUUCAAAUGUUUUUUUAAUUUUGUAUGUUAUUUUCAUUUUUUAAGUUUUUCUGCUGUUGUUUUUUGGUUGUUUUCCAGUGAUUGUGGUUGUUUCGUUGCAUCGUUUGCCGAAUACUUCAUUGAUAUGAAACCGAUUCCUCCCAUAUUUGAUGUUGAGAAACACCGUGAUAGGCUUGCUGUGUUGUUCUAUAAGUAUGCUCGCAUGAAAAAAGUGGAUUUUAUUGAUAGUGAAGAUGAGGCUCCUCCAAAGGGUCCAAAGAAGAAUUUGUCUUAGUUAUCUAUUGGUUGUUGUUGGAAAUAGUACUUUUUUUAUUUAGCUUUUGUUUUUUCUAUUACCAGAUUAUGUUCAUAAUCAUAGACAAGUUGUUGUUUCUAUAAUGUUUUUUUUUUAUUGAAAUUGGUUUUUUAUUUGUUCAUAUUUUUGAAUUUUUAAUUUUUAUAUUUAGUUUAACUCAUGACAGCAUACUAUUAACAACCUUAUUACAACCAUCUUACAAACAACUAAAUUGCAUUUUAAUCACUUUAUGUAGUUUUUUUUCCUUCUUAUUAAUUUCAACCUUCUUCCACUCAUUUAAUUAUUUAACUAUAAUAUUUGAUGUUUUUUUGUAUAUUAAUGAUAAUAAUACCAAUUCCCUAUUAUCAAUAUCUCUCCACAUAAAAAUUCACAAUAAAAAAAUAUAUGUAACAACCAAUCGUAAUAUGCAGUAU